AUGAGCGCGGCACUGUCUGCACAGCAGGUGGAGAUCAGACAUCUGCAGGAGGAGAUCAACCAUCUGCAGGAGGAGAACCAGGAGAACAAAGUGGAGAUCAGACAUCUGCAGCAGGAGAACCAGGAGAAAAAAGUGGAGAUCAGACAUCUGCAGCAGGAGAACCAGGAGAACAAAGUGGAGAUCAAACAUCUGCAGGAGGAAAACAACCAUCUGCAGCAGGAAAACCAGGGUAAAUAUCUUCUGAAUCAUGUGUUGAACAUAAUUUAA